AUGACAACAAUUGGUUUUGGUGAUCUUUAUCCAACAACAUAUGUUGCUAAAAUGAUAACAACAACAAUUUGUCUUCUUGGUGUUGCAUUUUGGUGCUUACCAACAGGCAUUAUUGGAAGUGGUCUUGCUAUAAAAGUUCAAGAACAAAAACGUGAUGAAGCAUUAAGUCGUCUUGUACCUGCUGCUGCUACUGUUAUACGUAAUUGGUGGCGUCUGCGAUGCGUUCGUCAUGGUGAUCGUUUUGUAGCAACAUGGAAAAUUUACACAAUAAUUCAACGUCGUGUUCAUGAUCUUUCAUCAACAAUGCAUAGUAAACCAUCAUUGACAAUUGCAUCGGCAAGUUAUACACCUUCUGAAAUGAAAUCAUUACGACUUAAUUUUACAAAUCCAACGACGACGACAACAACUGUAAAAUCAAAUCAUAUUCGACGAAAAUCAGUAACGAGUAUCGAUGAUUUACCAAAGCGUUAUAUAACAGCAAUAAAAAUCAUUCGUAUACUUAAAUAUUCGAUUGCUUGUAAAAAAUUUCAACAAGCAAAACGUCCCAUUGAUAUAAAAGAUGUUGUUAAAGAAAAUACACAAAUGAAUAAUCGUUUAUCAAUUAUGUUAAAUGAUGUACAACGUCGUUUAGAUCUAGUAUUAGGUACGACAAAACCAGCAUCAUAUUUAUCCGAUGAACAGAAACGACAAUUAAGUUUAAGUGCUCGUAUUGAAAAAGUUGAACAAGUAGCAAAUCGAUUUGAAACAAAAUUAAACUAUUUAGAACAACUAGCAUUAACAUUAGUCAAAAAUACAUAA